GGCAGAGCAUGGCCUCAGCCCUCCCACUGCUGCUGCUCUGGGUGUUUGCCCCCACGGUGGUCCCGGAGGUGUUUGGUCCUGGAGAUGGCACAGAGGACCUCAAGGCUCUGCAGGUCUCCAUCCCACGUCACCCAACCCUCGACGCCGUGCUGGCGGGCGACAUCACCAUCCCCUGCCUCAUCACCUACCUUGGCCCCCAGCCCACCACUGGCACGGCUGGCCGCCGGGCGGUCCUGGGAACCCCCCGGGUCAAGUGGACUUUCAUCUCUGAGGGCAGGGAGGUGGAGAUCUUGGUAGCCCGGGGGGACAGGGUGAAGGUCAGCGAGGACUAUCGCCUCCGCGCCUCCCUGCCCAUCUUCCACCAGCGCUACACCAACGCCUCCCUGCUGCUCACCGAGCUGCGGCCCAACGACUCGGGAAUCUACCGCUGCGAUGUCCAACACGGCAUCGAGGAUGGCCACGACAUCCUCGACGUCAAAGUCAAAGGGGUGGUGUUUCACUACCGGGAGGGCUCCAUGCGCUACGCCUACACCUUUGCCGAGGCGCAGGAAGCUUGUGCCAGGAUCGGCGCCCGCAUCGCCACCCCUGAGCAGCUGUACGCUGCCUACCUUGGUGGCUACGAGCAGUGUGAUGCUGGCUGGAUCGCCGACCAGACUGUCAGGUACCCCAUCCACAUGCCCCGUGAGGCUUGUUACGGUGACAUGAACGGCUUCCCUGGGGUGAGGAACUACGGGGUGGUGGACCCAGAGGACAUGUACGAUGUGUACUGCUAUGCCGAGGACCUCCCAGGGGAGAUCUUUUUGGAGACGGCCCCAGACAAAUUCACGCUGGAGGAGGCGGCAGAGCGCUGUCGGGUGCUGGGUGCUGAGCUGGCGCGCACGGGGCAGCUCUAUGCAGCUUGGAACGCGGGGCUGGACGCCGGCCGGCCCGGCUGGCGGCUGCCGGGUGUCAAAACCAUCUUCCUCUUCCGCAACCAGACGGGAUUCCCCGAUGCGCAGAGCAGAUACGAUGCGUACUGCUUUCGAGAAGGGACAAACUCUUUUGCAGGAAAAUACCAAGCCAGAGAGCCCGAGGGCCUCCAGGAGAUUGUUACAGUGGCAGAAAAGCUGGAGGAGCUGCAGCUGCCCAAAGCGCAAGUGGAGAUUGAGUCGCGAGGGGCUAUAUACGCCGUCCCUUUCUUUAAGGACGCUGAGGUGGAAAAGCCGAGCCCGUCCCCCGAAGACGCACCGGGGCCAGGGGCCUGGCACCCCCUGCUAGAUACCUCCGUGUCCUCAGGUCACCCAACCUCUGCCACCCCUUUCCCAACGGCCCCGGCCGUCCCCGAGGCAGGCGUCCCGCUUAGCUGUGGUGCCAAACCGGGGAGCCCGUCCCUCACAGAGGAGGAUGGGGUGACAGGGACAGUUGGGCAGUGCACGGUGGCCAGGCACGAGCCGUCCCGCACUGAAGAGGAACAGGGAAAAGCGCUGGGCAGGGACCCUGGUAGCACAUCGGCAGAGAGCCUGGGUGGAGAGCAAGACGCCAGGCAGCCCCUGGAGCCGGAUGGAGCCGCCAGCGGGCAGACACCACCUCCGCAGGAGGAAGGAGAGGAGCAGUCGGGGGCCCUGUGGCUCCCCUCGCCCGUGGCGCCGGGGGAUGGGAGCACCCUCCCUAUGGUGGAGGCAACGGUGGUCACAUCGUGGCACAAGGAGGUGCCCAGCAGCGUGCCGGCCACAGGAG